CUUUCGCCAUGGCACCUCCCGCGACACUUCCGCUCCGGACCCAGAAGUCCCUCCCUGACGCCGGAAGUUCCUCGGCCUGGCUUCCGCAGACUUUUCCCCCACCCCGACGCGGAGGUGAGGACUUGCUUCCGGCCCCGGGUGGGCGCCGGCUCCGCUCCCCGUGCGCUCCGGAGCGGUGUCCCGGGAGCAUCGUUCUCCCGGACGCCGGCGCCGGGAGCUCGGGCCGUGCCAGGAGCGCGCCGGUCCGGACGCGAGCUCCGGGCGGGGCCAUGAACGGGACCGCGAACCCGCUGCUGGACCGCGAGGAACACUGCCUGCGGCUCGGGGAGAGCUUUGAGAAGCGGCCGCGGACCUCCUUCCAUACCAUUCGCUAUGACUUUAAGCCAGCAUCUAUAGAUACUUCCUGUGAAGGAGAGCUUCAGGUUGGCAAAGGAGACGAAGUCACAAUCACACUGCCACAUAUCCCUGGAUCCACACCACCAAUGACUGUGUUCAAGGGGAACAAGCGACCUUAUCAGAAAGACUGUGUGCUUAUCAUCAAUCAUGACACUGGCGAAUAUGUGCUGGAAAAACUCAGUAGCAGCAUUCAGGUCAAGAAAACAAGAGCUGAGGGGAGCAGUAAAAUCCAAGCCAGAAUGGAACAACAACCCACUCGUCCCCCGCAGCCAGCACAGCCACCCGCACCUCCACCACCACCACCACCACCUAUGCCAUUCAGAGCUCCAACGAAGCCUCCAGUUGGACCCAAAACUUCUCCCUUGAAAGAUAAUCCUUCACCUGAACCUCAGUUGGACGACAUCAAAAGAGAACUGAGGGCCGAAGUUGACAUCAUCGAGCAGAUGAGCAGCAGCAGUGGGAGCAGCUCCUCAGACUCUGAGAGCUCGUCAGGAAGCGAUGAAGACAGCUCUAGCAGCGGCGGCGAGGACAACGGCCCGGCCUCUCCUCCCCAGCCUUCUCACCAGCAGUCCUACAGCAGCAGGCCAGCAGUGGCCAAUGGGACCAGCCGGCCCCAAGGAAGCAACCAGCUCAUGAACACCCUCCGAAAUGACUUGCAGUUGAGUGAGUCUGGCAGUGACAGUGAUGACUAGAGCCAGAUCUUUCAAAAUCGACUUGUUGGAGUGCUACUAAGCUGCAAGACCGGGCUAAGCUAGCAUGGUAUCCAUUCCCAAGAAGAAAAUGCAGAUUUGUGACUGUAGUGGGAGUUUGAGACUCUGGACUCUCACAUUCAAGUCUUUAACUUAGUGGUGAUGGGUGAUUUUCUCGUGUAAUUUUUGAGCAGUCUCAAGUUUCAGAGUUUUAAGUAGAUCUAUAGAAGAACUAACAGAAUGACAUUUCCAUUUGGUAACACCAUUCAUGAAAACCAGACAGGUGUGCCCUGGUGUAGGCUACUGAAAGGCCACCGCUUUACCAGGCCAGUGAAUCCAUAGUCGGCCACAGUUUGGCUAGUGGCCUGCACCAGUAAGAUGAAACACCAUCUUUUGGAGGGGUAGAAGAGAGGGGAACUAACAACUGCAGCAUAGAAGUAUGUUAAAACCACUUAAACUGUUGACACAAAGUGGUCAGAAGUUUUGCCUGACCCACCUGACAAGCCCAUGUAGAAAUGGACUUCAAGAUGGAAGAGUGUCAGCUGGGCCAGGAGCUCUACUCGUUGAACCCUCUCAUUUCCGGACAAGGACGAGGCAGUACGCUGGCCGUGGCCAGUCCCCGACCCGCCCUCCAGUUCAGGCUUCUCCCACUGCUCUCUCAUUUACUUAUGCGUGGGACAUAUAAGUACAUUGGAGCUUUUCCUGGAUUCCAAAAGCCAGCAGUGUUGGGUACUCCAGCUCAGAUUCAGGUAGUCCCCGAGUGCGUGAAGCUGGCUGAGUGGAGGAAAUCAGCAGCUGCUAUGCUGAUGCACAUGACUGGGUGAAAUUGGCUCUAGUUCCAUGGGGCUCCAUACCAAGGGUUCUUCAUUUGGGCGACUGACGGGUGGUGGGGGAGAGGAGGUGGACGAGAGGUCCAGUGAAGAGACCUUUCUGAACAAGUGAACCAGUAGCCAGUUUCCAGAAACCAGACUCCAGAUGGAGCUCUGUAAUAGGAAAUGAGCACAUUCUUGGGUAGGGUGUUUCUGUUCAUGCUUUUGUACCACUGUUUGUGCCUGACUCUAGACUGAUUUGUAUUUUUUUAUAUUCCAACUAGAAGAAAGUCACAAGAUUGCCUUCUGCAGUGCGCAGUUUCCAAGUGAACUUGUCCUUGCAGGAAACUGGUCACUAGUGAAUGUGCCAGAGUGAGUGAAUGUGUGAAGAAUUGUUCCAUAAUUGGUGCGGAGUAAUCCAUUCUGUGGAUGAAUGUGUCCUGAGAAAUUUCCAUUUACUUUGGUUCAGUGGGUGUCGAAAACAUUAAAAAUGAUUUCCUUUCUCAUGUCCCUUCGCCUGGUGGCCUCCCGCUCCCCAGCUCGUGGAGGGGAGCCGGACCUAGGAAGGAAGUCGAUGGUCCGUGGUGGGGGCUUUGGUUAGUGUUCGCCUUACAGACUCACCUGUGUCAUCCACUUAGGGACCUGGCUGCUGGCAGUGUGGGCGCAGCCUAUCAAGAGAUUUCGGUGGAUUCAUGGCGUAGGAACUUAUUUGUAAUGAGUUGAUAAUUGCUUUAUAAUUCCUUGGUAAUGACAGCUCAGGGAAGGUGAAGGUCUUGACUGGGAGACUUGAAUUGUUACUGGAUGUGGGAAGUGUCUCACUGCUCUCAACCUGUUCGAGCUGGAGCAGGUUCCAGGAACUUGAAGUAAAAUUAAGCCUCUUUUUUUUUUUUCACCCAAAGUCUUGAUUAGUAUAGACAUAGACAGAACUGUGGUUUUUGGCAUAUUGGGUCAAGAUGUUUGUUUCUAUAGGAAACGCUUGCAUGUGGCCCCGGGUUGGGUGAGGCUCGCACUCUGAGCUUCAGACGCUCCCCCACCCAUCCAUGCCCAUACUGGUCAAGCCCUGGCAAAGCUCCAGGUGCGCCCACCCCCACACAGAUCUUAGUGCCCCUCCUCCUCCCCUCUAGCGUUACCCACCAGAGCAAGGAAUCUUUUUUGGAAAACAAGAAUUUGGCAGCACAGACUACUCUGGAGUCCCCUGUGCCGCCAAACUGGACUUGUUCUUCCUGCCUCUGUGCCUUCUCAUUCUCUCCUCUUCCCAGCCGAACCCCUCUCAUGGGACUCUAAGUGCUGCCUGCAUGGACUCGGCUUCUGGCCCUUUCAGCCCUCUCUGUGGAUACACCGACUGCCUCUUGCUUGAUCCCUGGUUGGCGAAUACGCCCUUAUGUUCUCAUCUCUGUUCCCCACAGUAGCUAUCCACAGGAAUGCAGAUGCGGAUAGCCUGAUGGGGAGGAGGCAGAGAAAACUAAGCGUGGAGUACUGAGAUAGGCCCAGAGGAGACAGGCCAGGCAUUUGGUGUCUGCUGUAAGCUCUCCGUGCUGAUUUUCCUGACUUUGAAAUCUUGACCUGAAUGGCCACUGUUGGCCUUUUGGUUCUGUAGCUAGGUGUCACUGUGUCGUGGGUCAUUAGGCAGGGUGCGGACUGAAGUCCAAGGUGUCCUCGGCGCCAUGGCAAGCCACAGCAAAGGCGUAAUUUGGGAAAACUUAAUACAGAUAAAACUAAAGAUUGGUAAAGAUGCCACUCGUGAGCUGUGUCUGUAGCAGAAUCAUUUUUUCUCUCUGUGUGGUAUUAAAUGUAUGUGCUUCAGUGGGAUGACUUGAAAAUUCCAAAAGCCUUCCCUGUUUGAGAGGCUUGUUAAGAAGGGGUGUGUUUGUGUGUGAGAGAGAGAGUGUGCUGUAUUUAUUGCAUUAUUUUGAAAGUGUAAUAGUCAUGAGGAUAUAUAUUAGGUACAGCUGAAUUGGAUGCUUCCAUUUGGCAAGGAAGGUAGGAUUUCUAAAACUCAGGCCUCAACCGGUAGGUUGGAAGACAAGAACGAUUGGAGUCUUAUGAAAUGUAUGUUUUUGUUGCACCUGUAAUUUUUGUCCUGGAUUCAUUGUCUCAUUCUCCAAUGAUUUUUAAAAUCUUGUGCCUAAAAGUUUAUUUUGCUUAAUAAUGAAGUAGAUGUGCAUGUUUACAAUUUAUGUAAAAUAUUUGCUGUGUAAAGUUUUUUUGGUUUAUUCUCUUAAAAGAUCACUAUAUUUAAGUAAAAAA